CUUCAAAACAUGUAUUGGUCAGCAUUCAUCAGGAAAACUCCAUAGUUAUGCUUUCAACUAACUGUCACUCAUCAACUACCAUUCCUGAGUCCCAGGAAACAUGAAACAAACACAAAGGAGUAAGGACUGCCUGGUGACAUCCCCAUCUUUCAAUCGUCAAUGUCUGCUCCUUUGAAAUUCGUCAAUCACUCAUAAAGAUAAAAAUAAGAGGGAGAACAGAAAGGAGAAACACCUUUUUGCCAACUUUAUUUCUUUAUAUUCACUACAUCUUUGUUUUCAUACCCUGCUUCAAAGUUAAACUUUUUUCCCUAGCAUGGAACAUUCACCAGAACAUAGUCAACAUGCACCUUCUUCUUCUUCUAGCUCAGGAGUCCAUGAAGAUGAAGAAAGUAAUGGCCAAAGAAAUUAUCAAAGCUUGCACCACCAAGAGCAGGAGCAACAGCAACAAUCUUCUGGGGUAUCUUAUCAUCUGAAUAUAUCGAUAUCCAAUGUGGCAAGGAUUGAUAUGAGGGAUGAUGUUUGGUCUUGUGUUGUUGUGCUUAUCACAUUUUGGUUUUCUGCAUCCUUGACUCUGAUUCUGGGUUAUUAUGGAUCUGUGACUUUACAAUUGGGUCCGAAUUGCUCACGCCUUCUACAAUCUAACUCUUUCUUUGUUCAGUCUAUUAAGGUUGAAGAAUUGGAUAAGCAAAAACCAGGGUUAAUGGUGUAUGGAUUGAGCAGACCAUCUCCCUUAGAUGUUGAAAUCUCCUGGACUGAAACAUAUGAAGUAUUUGUACCAGCCAAUUUCGAUAAGGAGUGGCUAUUCUUCUUAAACAAAGGGUCUCAAGUGAAUAUUUCAUACAUUAUAAGAUCCUGCAGUUCCUCCCCUUUAUCCCUUGUCAUUGCCCAAGGUACAGAAAGCCUUGUUGAGUGGGUAGAGGAUCCAUCAUAUCCUAAUACAACUUUGUCCUGGAAUAUUAUACAUGGAAGUGGUAAGAUCCAACAGGAAAUUCCGAAGUCUUCGAAUUAUUAUAUUGCUGUGGGAAAUUUAAACUCUGAAGAAGUGGAGAUACAGUUGAAUUUCUCAAUCAAUGCUCUCAUCUAUGAAACAAGUCAAGCAUAUUACAGAUGCUCCUUGGGCGAUCAUAUGUGUAGUUUGGAGCUUUAUCUUCUAGGAGAAAAUGCUGCUGUCCUAUCUUCACCUGGUCAUAAUGAGGAAACUCAAAAUGGUAGCUGGUAUGUUAAAGUAUCUUAUGGACCUCGAUGGAUUACAUAUUUUGUUGGAUCAGGUGUGAUGACCAUCCUUAUAUUAUUAGCCUUUAGAUUCUGUAAAAUGUUUCAGAGUAGAGAUGAACCAAGAUUCCAUGCUGGAAAUAUGGAACCAGAACGAGCCCCGUUGCUUCCAGAAAAGGAUGAUGAUAUCUCAAGCUGGGGUUCAUCUUAUGAUUCUGUAUCCCAUGAUGAGGAGGAUCUUGAACAGUGGCUGGCAGCAACUUACCUUGAAGGAAAGCCUUUACACGAAGGGGAAAGCAACAAUCUUCCUCGUUUUUGUGUCAUUUGCUUCGAUGCACCAAGCGAUUGUUUCUUUCUUCCUUGUGGACAUUGUGCUACCUGUUUUACCUGCGGAACAAGGAUUGCAGAAGAUGCUGGUACCUGUCCAAUAUGUCGUAGGAAGAUGAAGAAAGUUCGGAAGAUAUUUACAGUUUAAGCCAUCCAUUCGAGUAAUGUUGUGCAGAGAUUUUAAUCAUGGUGUAAAUUUUUUAUGCCCCAUAGAAGAACAUGAAUUUUUUUUUUCUCACACUGCUGGCAUUCGAUUCGGACAUACUGUAGAAUUCUGUAUAAAAUUUGUUGCUAAGAGUUUCAAAAAGGUUUGAUUGAAGGUUUUCCAUAUUCUUUUAGAUAAAGCUUCUUCAUUUGUUGUCAGUAUCAUGUAAAUCUUUUCUUUCUGUCCCCAGGUUGAACCCAACAGGUUUAGCCUGGUUUCCUCUAUUUAUUAUGUAACUUUCCAUUUCACCAAUGAAUUAUAGUAUAAAAUUCACAUCGACUGUUGAUCGGAUGAUUUGAAACAGUUUGUCUUGAUCCCUCUUUAAAUCUCUUCCUGGAUAGAUUCAUAGUCAUAGAUGCCAUAACAAUCAAGUACCAAGGAGAUUGCUAGCUCUCGUUACUGUUCACAUCAUGCCAUUGCCAAGCUAAAAUUGCAUUAGUAUUUUGGACCCAAGACCUUUAAAAAGGUGCUAUGAUGAAACCCAGAUUUAGGAGUAAAACUCAGGGGCCAAGGCCCAGAAGCAUCGGAGCCGGCAUCGGAGGAGGAAGCAAGACAUUCCAUCCACGUGGACGGUAGGCGGUCGAAAGUAGAAACACCAAGAGGCCAAGAAAACCAUGCGAGAGAAAAUGAAGAAAAAUUUA